GCGUGGAAACUCCGAACGAAGCAGGUGGAAGAAAUGGCGCGACAAGAGGAGGAGGAGCGGAUGGAGGAGAACAAACGUAACCAAUGCUACUUGAAGCACCAGAUGCAGAUCAGGGAGCGCCAGGCGGCCGCUGCGAAGCUGGAGGAACGCGAGAUCGCGGGCAUGCUGCUGGACAACGUGGAAGAUGGCGAAAGGAGGUUCAAAGAGUACGCCACGGCGUGCGUCGACGAAUGGGGCAGACGCAGGCAGACGACGGAGCCCAUGGCGCUGUACAUGGCCAAAACGGAGAGCCCCAGGCUCGAUCCGGCGAUCUGA